GGCUCCUGAGCUGCUGGGACUACAAGCAUGUGCCACCACACCUGGCUGCCCUCAGAAGCUUUUGUGUGGACUAAAUGAGAUGCCAAACAAAUGCUUACUACAGUGCCCGGCAGUAUGGGCUCCUUUGACCUCCCAGCAGCAUGGCCUUCAGCGGCAAGUUCGAGUUGGAGAGUGAGAAGAAUUAUGACGAGUUCAUGAAGCGCCUGGGUCAAUCCGGCGAGGUGAUCGAGAAGGCUCGCAACUUCAAGACCAUCACGGAGAUACAGCAGAACGGGCAGGACUUCAUCUGGGCCCAGUCCUACUCUGGGGGCCACAUCAUGACCAACAAAUUCACCAUCGGCAAGGAAAGUGAGAUACAGACCAUGGGUGGCAAGAAGUUCAAGGCUACCGUGCAGAUGGAGGGCAAUAAGCUGGUGGUGGACUUCCCCAACUAUCACCACACCUCGGAGGUGGUGGGUGACAAGCUGGUGGAGAUCUCCACCGUUGGCGGUGUGACUUAUGAGCGCGUGAGCAAGAGGGUGGCCUGAGCCAUUGUACGGGGUUCCGGGAAGCUACAAAACCCACCAAUAAAACUGAAUGAGAGCAGAUACUGCUCACUGCAGAAA